UCGAUGUAAUUUUUAUUUACUCCUGAAAUCCAAGAUGGCUACUCCGAAUAUUUCAGUACCUUAGCAAUUGAGGAUGCACGUAUCGAGUAAACUACUUUCCCCGAUAAUCUCAUCCCCUGAAACUAAAUUAGUAAGGUGUAGAUGAACUCUUUGCAUCUUACGUACCUUAAAAUAGUCCUCACGUAUAGGUUCAGCUCCCGUGAAUACACCAUUUUGAAGUAGUUUCGAGGAAUACAUAUCCCUCAAUCGCUGUCUCUCUAAAGCAAGCGAGGUUCACCGUCUCCGCAUCAAAUGGCCGAACCGAGAAAAGUACCAUUUGUCACACUGUCGGCCUUCGCCGCUGGACCGGCCUCAGAGCCAAGGAAACGCCGGAAUGAAGAUGAGGUCGGAAUUAAUUUGGAGGAGAGUACAGCGGUAGGCAAUACAGCGACCGGGGCAGGAGGUGGUGGUCUGUUUGGCAAAGCUAGCGACGGGGACAACGGGGAACCAAGAGGGAUUACCGUGCGAUUGAACCUCUGCCUGUCCGAGCCCAACGACCAAGCGUCGGCCGAAUUCAACUACAGCGAGCUGGUUCAGUCAAUACAGGUGAAGAAGGCACCCCAAGCACCCACACCUGUCUGUGACCCUAAUGACCCCUUUGCGGAUGAUGAGAGAGAACGGCAGCAAGUGGAGGCCCUGGCCAAGAAAUUUGAGAGCAAAUAUGGCAAUGCUGGGAAAAAGAAAAGGAAGGACAGAAUGCAAGAUCUGAUCGACAUCGGUUUCGGCUACGAUGAGAGUGACCCGUUCAUAGACAACUCUGAGGCUUACGACGAGCUGGUCCCCGCCUCUCUGACCACCAAGCUGGGAGGCUUCUACAUCAACACGGGCACCCUGCAGUUCCGCGCUGCGUCUGAGUCUGAGGGGGAGGAUGGGGGCAAAGACGGGAAGCCCCACAAGAAGCUGAAGGAUGGCGAGGAGCAAGCUAUCAAGAAACGGAAGAGAAAAGAAGGAGCCAAUGUGGAGGAGAAGAAGCCCAGGAAGACCAAAGUGCCGAAGCAAGGAGUGAGCACCAUGAACAUGCACCGGCCUGAAAAGAAGAAGCGCAAGAAGCUGAUGAAGGACUCCCUGUACCUGGCGGCCAUGUUGCGGCGCUUCACUCGGGAGAAGGAGGAGAUGCGGAAGAAGACCCCGGCCGGCGGACAGCCGCCCAACGCCGGGGGAGCCCCCAACGCGGCCCGGCCCAACCACGUGCUCCACAACCCCCACCUGCACCCGCACCCCGCCAACAAUGACAUCUCCAUGGCGGAGCUGACGGCCGACCCGGCCGUGAUGUCUCUGCUGGGCUCCACCAGCGAGAGCGAGCUGCAGGACAUCCUGGACGACCUGGACUUCAGCCUGCUGGACUCCUCGCCCCAGGCCUGCAGCCCCGCGCAGCGCGAGAACGGCCUGCUGGGGGCCAUGGCGGGGCAGAAGGCCGGGGCCGGCGCUCUGGGGCGCGGGGCCGGGGCGCUGGGGGCCGGCGGGGGGGUCCUGACCCCUCCCCCCCUCCCCGACGGACUUCCGCCCCCCCUCACCAAGCGGAUCGAAGACUUGCGCGCAGCAUCCCGGCAGUUUGACCAGGAAGGGAGAAAGAAAUUCUUCACCCUGGAUAUGAACAACAUCCUCCUGGACAUUGAGCUGCAGGUGCAGGAGCAGCCGGCUGCAGUGCGCUCUGCGGUGUACUCUCACCUGGAGGCCUUCGUUCCCUGCAACAAGGAAGCCCUGCUCAAACGCCUCAAGAAGCUCAGCCUCAAUAUCCAGGACGAUCGGUUGCGGACCCCUCUUCUGAAGCUGAAGCUGGCCGUGUGCAGUGUGAUGCCAGAGCAGAUCGCCCGAUACAACAUGGACUGCAUGGCCAAGGCUGCCAAGCAUCAGUCUGAGGAGGGAGAGAAGAACGGCUCGGAGGAAGAGGAUGAGGAGAAGCCAGGGAAGAGGGUGAUGGGGCCACGCAAGAAAUUUGUGUGGGAUGACAGGCUCCGGACUCUGCUCUGUAACCUGGUUCGGGUGAAGCUGAGCUGCUAUGAGCUGGAGUCCCAGUGCGCUCUCUCUGCGGAGGACUAUCUCAAGGCCUUCAUGGAGAACGAGGUCAAACCCCUCUGGCCCAAGGGCUGGAUGCAGGCCAGGAUGCUGUUUAAGGAAAGCCGCUCUGUGCACAGUCACCUGACUGGUAACCUAGCCAAGAAGAAGAUUGUCCCCACGCAGAGAGCGAAAACCAAGGAGGGAGGCUGGGUGCGCAUGCCCACCCCCGUCUCCUCGACAGCGGCCACGCCCGCCCCCGCCCCCGCGGUGCGUCGCCCCCCCGCCUCCCCCUCGGAGACCAUCUGCCUGUCGGACUCCCUGGACGACGAGCUGAUCGCUCCCUCCCUGGACUCCAUUUCCCACGCUCUCGCCAUGCUGGGCAGCGUGGCCAAAGGGCUGGUGCAGAACGACAGCCCGCCCUCCCCCCCGCGGCCCCACGGACCCCCCGCCACCGCCCACUACGCCUCCCCGCUCGCGCACUCCCUCCUGGGCAGGAAGGAGCCCCUCGCCAUGUCCGUCAGCACCGCCUCUACCUCGUCCUCCUCCUCCUCUUCCUCGGCCCGGAGCGAGGGCCUGGGGGCGAUGAAGGCCGGGGGGCCCCUGGCGCAGGCUCAGAGGCUGGCCCUGGCCUCCGCGCACAGGCCCGGCGUUUCGGCGAUAAGCAAACUCGGCCUGCCCGGCUCCCCCUCUCCCCCGAAGCCCCGGCCCCCCCCCACCGCCUCCCCCCUGCUGCCCCCCCAGCAGAAGUCAUUGUGCCCCCCGGGGGUGAAGGCCGGGGGGGCCACCCCUCCCUCAGGACAGCUGAAAGGCAGCGGUAAGGCGGGUAGCGCUAACUGCAGCAACAGCAACAGUGUGGGCAUGUCUCCUCAGUCCCGAAUGAACUCCCACCCUCCUCAGCUCAAUCCCAAAAGCCCCCAGACGCCCCGCCUGCCCCACUGUCCCUCCCCGGGCCCCAAACCCCAUCAGCAUCACCAGUCAAACUUCAUCACCCCGAUGCAGGCCACCCUCACCAAGUCCUCUCACAGCAACAUCCCCACCAUCAUCAAGCUCACGCCCCGCCCCACGGCCCCCACCCCGCCUCCUUCCUCUUCCCCCUCCCCCUGCCCGUCUCCCUCCGCCUCCCUGCCCCCUCACUCCCGGCCUCAGGCCAUCCAGAACGCGCACCAGUACUCUCCCAAAAACCCCGGCUUCCGCCCGCCCUUCUCUGUCCCCGGGGGGCUGGCCAAGGCGGGGCAGAGCACCUACAGCCUCGCGGGGGGGCACAAAGGCUCCGCCCACGGCAGCCCCAGCCCCACGAGCACGUCCUCCAUCUCCGGCCGGCCCGUCUCCAGCCCCUCCCCCUCCUCCGGCUCGGCCAGUCACGGGCAGCGGCAGAGGCCGUCGGGCGGAGCCGGCCAGGGGGCUAAGCCAGUGGUCAGCCGGGCGCCUGUGGCCUCUGUCCACUCCUCAGCCCUGUCUCAGGUGUCCUCUCCGGGCGGUAACCUCCUGGGCCCCGCGCCCCCGUCUCUCCCGCUGGGAUUCGGGAUGCUGGGAGGGCUGGUUCCCGUCUCUCUACCCUUCCAGUUCCCCCCCCUGCUCAACUUCUCCCCCCCCGGGGUGCCCGGGGGCAGUGGCCUGGGGGCCGCCGGCAACAACUCAGGAUACAGCCUGGCGCAGAAUCUGUUAAAGAGUCUCCAGUCAGGGUCGCAGGCUGCACUGCCUCCUCACUUGCAGCUUGCCUUCUCAGACGCGAGCCAAAGCCAGGGAGGAGACAUGAAGAGGAAGUCGCACUGACCAAUAGGAGGCCAGAAGAUGGGUAUCCGCCGUCCCCGUCUGCUAGGAAGCGACGGCGGUGUCGGGCUAUCGCCGUGACGCGUGGCUCCGGUCGGUAAAACUGCGGAAAUGUCAGGAUUUCCUCCUCCCUAGCUGUCUCACGGGCUGCUCUGAUGAAUUAAUUAUUCUUGCUAUAAUUAUUAAUUAUAUCGUAAUUGGGCUGAAAGGAUGAAUGGUGAUCUUUUUGUUUCAUUUUUGAUUUUUCGUCAACAUGUUUACAUGACAGACCUUUAUCACUGUGGAAAAGAGAGGGGCGGCGGGAGAGAUUACGCUACGUAAUUUAAUUUGUAUUUAAGUAAUCUUACUUAUGAAUUCUUGAUUAUUUUUCUGAAGCCGUUUUAACUAUGAAUCCCGGAUCCUAGUCCUUAGGAGACUCCCUCUCUCGGUCUUUGAGAUGGUACAGUCCUACCACAUGCAGGCUCCGGGUUCAGGGAGUCGUACUGUUAGAGUCCCACUCCCCCCUUCCCCACUGCAGACUGUUAACACAAGUAGCUAUUUUUACUGAAAAGUGACUUGUAAUUAAUUUACACACAGGGAUAACGCUUUCCACUUAUGAUUUGAAAGUGUGAGAGUAAACGAAUUUGAGCGUGUGUGUGUGCGUGUGUGUGUGUGUGUGUGUGUGUGUAAAUAUAUAUACUGUAUUCUUACCAGGUCAGUCUGUGUAUAGCGCGUGAGCAUAUGCCCCUCUCUGUCUUGCUCUGUGUCCCCUUCUGGUGCUGUUUUCACACUGGACUUAUUUUGGAGAAACUUGAAGUUGAGUGAAUCUCCCGUUUGUGGAGAGGCAGAGAAAGGAUACGGGGGAGAGAGAGAGAGAGAGAGGGAGGGAAGACGAUUGUAGCCUACUUGAACUUUUAUUUUGAAUUUUGUUGCUGUUCGAUAAAACUCAAGAACACACACUCAUAACACAAAAAAAAGCCUUAGUUUGUAAGUUAAAAGAACUAUGCAGGAUGGUAAACGCUUAAAAGCCGAACUACAAAUUGUUGCUUGGGGAUUUAUGUUGCCAUUAUCCAACCGUCUGCUGGAUGUUUGUAGGAGUAAGAUCAUGUGUCUGUCGCUCCGUUCCUACAUUUAUAAUAAAAAAAACAAAAAAAAAACAAGCCGCUUACCACUUCAGUUCCCCUUCACUCAUCUCUCGAUUGUGUCCCUGUUCCCCGUGCUCCUCCUCCUCCCACGUCAUGUCAUUUCAGAUACACUGCUAUCUCAUUCCCACCCCUGACUGACUGACAGAACUGUGGAACCAAAGAUAAUGUCCCUAGGUUAGAAUGGCAGCCAAGUCAGUCACUGUUUUAUUUCUGUUUCUUUUCAAAGCAUAUACUUAAAUUGUAUCUGUGUGUUUGUGUAUGUCUGCGUGUGCUCUGGAGGUCUUUGUAAACCAAUUUUGGUAAUGUUUUGGGGGUCACACUGUGGGGGGAGGGGGGGGCAUAUUGUCUCGGUUAAUUAUGUCUUUAGUAGAUUAUUUUUGUGUGAUGAAUAAAAAAAAAAGCUGUUUGUUUUCAAUUGGGAGUCGUUUUGUACCCAUCUGCGUUUGUUUUCAUGGCUGUAUAAAUGCUGUAAUUUGUACUUAAGAGGUCCUGCUUUUUAAAUAUUGUAAAGGACAGAGGAUAUUUGACUUGUCUACUGCGGCAGUAGUCUUAUGUUGUGUGGCCGGUUGACUAUGAUUUGAGCAGAACCCAAUCCUUUUCAAAUUUCAUUCUACAAAAAGGAGGGAAAAGUUUCAGGUGGAACUUGUAAUCAGCUUCUCGGCACAAAACCUGCUAUGGGAAGCAAGGAAAUGGAGUUAAAAAUAAAUCACGAAUAAUUUCUAUAA